AUGGAGCUUGUUCGCAAGAUGGGGAAGGAAAGAGCGCCCGCAAGGCGCCUUCUAGACGCGCGCGCUACUGCGAGCUUGCACGCCACCAUCGUACAUGAAGACCUUUUGGCAUUGAGGGUUGCCCACGUAAAGGACCUUACCCGCGGCCCUGAUCAUCUCUCUGAUUUCUUCCUCAUUUAUGUCAGGUUCAACGUCAUGGAGGGCCAGAACGGCAUGUUUGUUGGCAUCAGGAUGGGGUUUAGGCGGACCAUAGUCACCCUCGGGACCCGCUUCGGCGGGAACAACGAGAGGAGGCAGAGGCGUCUGCUGGACUUGAUGUUCCUGGAUGAGGGUGAUGGGUUCCUCCCCUCUAAGAACUUGAAGAUAAGCAGGAAUAUGUGGGUUGUCGAGUUCCUGGGCACCAACAGAAUUUUAAGGGUGCUGGUAAAGACUGCCCUGGUCGUUCAUCAUACCGUAGACGGGAAGUGA